AUGAAGAGCAUGAAGAUUAACAACAAAGAUGAAAGCUUUGGACAAAAGGGUAUCUUAAUUCAUAGCCAAGUUAUGAGGAUCAAACAAGAAUCAGAGAAAAUAUUUGAAUGGUCAAUUUGUCAACAUGAGAUAAGACCUGUUUUAAGGGAGAUUUCCCGGUCGCCGUUGGGAUUUUCCGGCCAAACAAUUUCAGUUGGGGAUUCUAGAGUCAUAGAAUCAUGUUAA